CAGCCGUGUCCAGAUGUAGUAUAUUACGUUUUUGUCCGAUUCGUAUUAGUAUAAAUCUGAUUGUGGCGCACAAUAAAUUAAACCUGUACGUACGUAAUACAUAUCAUGAAAAUUUCCAGUGCUGAUAUUUUUACAUCAUUCUUUUUUCUGUAUGGCUCACACGUGUUGUACAAUGAACGUUGGAAUUCAUACGUAUGGAUGCAGUUUGAUGACGGAAAUAUAUUUGUUGGUUGAUACAC